AGUCUAUGAAUAUGUGCAUAUAGUUCCCUCUUACCGCUAAUCUCAAUGCCCCUCUUGCCGUAACUAGCGGUAUAUGCUCCAUAUUCAUUCAUGGAUGUGAUGGUGAUGGAUGGUGCAGCGCAUGGUAUGUGCAGUUGAUGGUUUAUUUCCUAGUGCGUUCUUAUUUGCUCAUGGGAUUUAUCGACGAUGAAUUACAAGAAGUAUCGCAGCUUUGCCAUAAUGUCGUCGAUGGAAGUCAUCUCGUUUCUUGUGUACAGAGUAUGGUCCGCGUCGAAAUAACAAAAACAUCGUUCAAACAACUUGUUGUAUGUAUACAGUUCCAAGAGAAUUAUCCUGCUUCUCCAUUAUUUAUUGAGUUAAAGAGCAAAACACUGUCUGCAAAGUUGCUCGAUGGACUAGCAGAGGUCUGCGAAAAAGAGUGCAAGCGUUUCUUGAAUAAAGCACAGAUAUUGCCGAUUUUAAAGUUUGUUAGUAAUUUUAUCGAGGAAAAUCCUCUCGUCUGCUGCUAUGAAGAAAUAUCUACAUUAAAGAAGCUUUUAGAUCAUAAGGACGAAUUGAAACUAAAGCAAAAGAGUUCUUCUAUUAAUCUAACACUGCGUCAAGGUUUAUAUCACUUCAAAACCAAGCUUGGAGUGCCAUAUAAUUAUCCUACAAAUUGUGUGACUUUCAGUGAUAUUGAUACCAAUUUUCCACCAUUAUUCAGUCGCUUUUUAGUUGGACAAGGAAAGGAACUUGCAAGGCAAUGUGUUGAACCACCGUUAAAAAGCCAAAAGCAACAAAAAUUAUUUACACCAUUACCAUCAUUAAAUACAGUUGUUUCUUUUCUUAUAAAAAGUGUGAAAGUUUUUCCACAAGAACUUUGCCAAUAUUGCAAAAUAACAUGUUUGCCAACAAAUCCAAAAGAGGUUAUAACCGAUGAAAAUGCAGAUUUUCAUGCUGAAAGGCUUUAUUGCGGUCAUCUCUUCCACUUAAAAUGUCUCAUGACAUAUAUGAAAACUUCACCAUUUCAUGGUAAUAAGAAAUGUCCAGAUUGCGGCCAAUGUAUCUAUCAUGACAAAUGGGGAUUGACUGAUAAAUUGGCAGAAGCCCGUUGGGCCCAUCAACAAGCACGAGAAAGAGAGUUAGCGGAAGUUGAAGAUUUUUUAACUAAAUCCCGUCUCGUGCAAACUGGGUAUGCAUUGAUGAAAAAUAUAUGAGAAAUAGGCAGCAUAGAUGCACUAAUGAAAUGAAAUGAAAUGGAUUUGUUUAAAAAUACAAAGAAUAAUGAUACUUGGAGAAUUAUCUCAAAGUAUAUGAUGGUCAAUACAAAGUGUAGUCUCGUGUGCAUGCACGCGAGAAUAGUAACUAUGUUUGCCAUGAUGUAUUGAUCCUCGGUAUUAUCUAUAGUGAUAUUUUCUUUUCUCUCUUUUUGUGUCUUUGGCUUUUCGUACGAAUACAUUUUCGUUUGUUUUGUGCGCGUUACUUACACUCUUUCUCCAACGUUUCCUCAUGCAUACGUCAUUAUAAAUGAAAGAGAUAAUACUUGCAGACACAUAUCAUAUAUUAAAUCAAUCGAGAAGGAAACAAUGUUGCGAGAUAUAUGACAGUUGACGAGCCAUUAGGAAAAAUAAGACUAUUUCUCAUUGAUUUUGGUUAAUUUAAAAUAUUUGAUAAAUUAUCUGGAAAUAAAAGACAUGUAUAUUUUUGUAUGUGUUU